AUGUCCACGCCUAUCUCACUCGAUUACACCUCCGAUCGAGCCGAAGAGUUGAGGGAGAAUAUCCAAUCGGUGCAAGCGGACAUCGAUCAAGCUGUGGGAUCGAGUGGAUCAAAGCCCCGUCUGGUAGCUAUCUCCAAAAUCAAACCUGCUUCAGAUAUCAAGGCGUUGUACGAUGCGGGUUAUAGACAUUUCGGCGAGAACUAUAUACAGGAGAUGGUUGACAAGGCUGAGGUGCUACCUCGAGACAUAAAUUGGCACUUCGUCGGCUCAUUGCAGAGUAACAAAUCGAAGCUCGCUGCUUCCGUACCAAACCUCUACGUUCUUGAGACCCUCUCGUCAACCAAAGUGGCCGAUCUACUGCAAAAAUCACUUCCUUCUGAACGUACGACCAAGCUCAACGUUUAUAUCCAGAUCAACACGUCGUUAGAAGACUCGAAAUCCGGAUUACCACCUCUUACGCCUAAUGCAGAUGGCGGGGAGGUAGUGGAUCUGGCGACACAUGUCAUUGAAAAAUGUCCAGGCUUGAAUCUGCUAGGUCUGAUGACGAUAGGUUCUUUCGAAGCAAGCCACGAUGCGUCAAAACCUAACCCGGAUUUCGAAACGCUCAAAUCGACGCGAAAGGAAUUAUCCAGGAUAUUGCAAGAGAAAGGGUUCAAGGAUGCACCGAAAGAGGACGAGUUGGAAUUGAGUAUGGGAAUGAGUGCUGAUUUCGUUCAAGCGGUCAAGGAGGGAAGUAACAGUGUACGAGUGGGGACUAGGAUCUUUGGUGAAAGGCCGAAGAAGGUAUCUAAAGCGGCAUAG